UCCCCACAAUUAUCCUUCUCCCCUGUACACAACUUCAAACUCACUGUCCUUUCAACACAACAAACACACACAGAGACGCACAGUAAGAGUGAGAGCUUCAAUCUGAUAACUAUGUCUGCCAUGAUGGCCAGCAUGAUGGGAGCAUCACCUGGAACAUCAUCGUCAUCAUCUUCUUCAUCACCACCAUCUAUAGCAUCAACACCAUCAAUACCCUCACAACCUUCUUCUCUGCCUGUCCGGAAGAUCCCCGGAAGCUAUGGCUGGCCAUUGCUAGGGCCAAUAUCAGACAGAUUGGACUACUUUUGGUUCCAGGGCCCAGAAACAUUUUUCAAGAAAAGAAUAGAGAAGAACAAGAGCACAGUUUUCAGAACAAAUGUGCCUCCUACUUUUCCUUUUUUCGUUGGUGUCAACCCCAAUGUGAUUGCUGUUCUUGAUGUCAAGUCCUUUUCUCACCUCUUUGAUAUGGAGAUUGUGGAGAAGGCCAAUGUUCUUGUUGGCGAUUGGAUGCCAAGCACUAAAUACACUGGUGAUAUGCGUGUCUGUGCAUAUCUUGAUACUUCUGAAGCAAAACACACUCAGCUCAAGAAAUUUUCAAUGGACAUCCUAAAAAGGAGCUCAGCUAUAUGGGUGAAAACAAUGGUGAGCAAGCUGGACACCAUGUGGGCAACAAUUGAAUCAGACAUCUCCAAAUCUGGCUCAUCCAACAUCAUCCCUCCUUUGCAACAAUUUCUCUUCAAUUUCCUCACUAUUUGCAUAACCGGAGCUGAUCCCUCAACUUCCCCGGAGAUAUCGAAAGCCGGUUUCGCCCUGAUUGAUACAUGGCUUGGAUUGCAGCUCCUCCCAACUGUCAAAGUUGGCAUUCUACAACCUUUAGAAGAAAUCUUCCUCCACUCCUUUCAAUACCCAUUUUGGCUUGUCCAAGGUGGCUAUAACAAGCUCGUCAAAUUCAUUGAAGAAGAAGGCACAGAAGUAAUACAAAGGGGUGAAAAAGAGUUCAAUCUAACUGCAAAAGAAACGGUUCACAAUCUUUUGUUCAUGCUAGGGUUCAAUGCUUUUGGUGGCUUCUCAUUAUUUUUCCUUGCUCUUGUCAAUGCUCUGGGAGAUGACCAGAAUCCAGGGAUUCAAGAAAAACUCAGAAAUGAAGUUAGAGAAAAAAUUGGAACAGAUUCAUCAAAGCUUAGUUUUGAAGCCAUCAAAGAAUUGGAGCUGGUCCAAUCUUUCGCUUAUGAAACUUUGAGACUUAACCCUCCAGUUCCUUUGCAAUAUGCAAGAGCUAGGAAAGACUUCAAGUUGACUUCAUAUGAUUCAGUGUACGAGAUCAAGAAAGGUGAGCUUCUUUGUGGCUAUCAACCAUUGGUGAUGAAGGAUUCAAAGGUGUUCGAUAAUCCUGAAAAUUUUGAGCCUGGAAGAUUUACUGAAGAAAAGGGUCAGGAGUUAUUGAAUUAUCUUUUUUGGUCUAAUGGACCACAGACAGGGUCACCAAGUGAAUCCAACAAACAGUGUGCUGCUAAAGACUAUGUGACUCUCACAGCAUCUUUGUUUUUGGCUGACAUGUUUCAAAGAUAUGAUUCAAUUACCAUUUCUUCAGGAUCAAUUACUGCUGUAAAAAAUGCUAAUUGAUCAACUUGUGUGCAAUAUUCGGAUUCAGAAGGAUCAGUUUUACAAAUAUUAUCACGUUAUGAAGGUGGUUCUUUUGCAUAAUUA